AUGGCGCCCGUCUCGACGUGGGCGAAAGAAGCUUUCGCAGCUGUCAACGGGGAGCCUGUCGAAGCAGUCCCCACCCAGGCCGAGCCUGACGAAGACCAGUCCCCAUCCGACGAUGAAUGGAACGGCCAGCCCUGGCAAUGCGAUCUGCCGGCCGAGCUCACAACCACCAUCUACUCGUCACAUCAAGCUGUCGUGUUGCAGACCAAAAAGUCGGCCAAAGGGCUCUGGAGCAUCCGCAUGUACAACAACUUACACACUGGACACGCUCCGUACCAGCAGUUCAAAGUCCGGAGGCGAGCCACCCGGUCCAGGGACUUGUUCACUACCAAAGAACAUGCUGCCGAGUUUACCCGCCUUGCUGUCAAUCCCACCGUGCCCUCCAAAACCAUCUUCGACCACAUGAACAACAAGUUCCCAGACGCUGGCUUCGAAAUCGCCGAUGUUUACAGAUACAGGGCCGAUCUUCGCCGGGCCCGCCGGCAUGGUGAUCCUACAGCCGAGGCCACCUUCCGCACCGCUGAGUCGGGCUCGCUUCCUGAUCCGGACCCAGCACAGCCUGCUACCGCCGCCGAUACCAAAACCACCAGUUCCGGCUCCGUCACGAAACCCAAGCGCAAGUCUCCGGCAGAGCGCAAACUCACAACUCCCGAGCUCCAAGCCAUGGAACGCAUGUUUUUGUCACCACAUAUCAGUGUUAUCGAUAUUGCCAAGGCUUUCAAGAUCGGCUCAAAGACGGUGAUGAAACACAAAAAACGAUUCGAGAGCGUUGGAAAGGUUACCCGGAAAACACCAGAACCCAAAUUCAAGCAGUUCCAUCUGGAAAAGCUUCUCGAACUGCUCGACAAGGACGACAGCCUGGGGCUAAGUGAUCUCCAAAAGUUUUUGGACGAUAACUACAAUGUCAAAGUCAGCAGGGCCUGGAUCAGCACAAAGCUCACGCGAGCAAAUCGAGCGCGCAGGUUCAAACAAACCCAGCCGCCGAUCGAACCACCUGCUGAAUCCGACGAGGUUCAAAUCGAAGCCGACGCUAAUGCAGACCCCAUACCAGAUCAGGGAGAGGUUGGGACAGAACUACAGCUUGAACCGAUUGUUGAGCCCGCGCCAGAGGAGAAGCAGGAUGAUGCAAGCGGAGAGCUUGAGUCUAAAAUGCUGCCGAUGGGUAUAGAUCGACACGCCGAGAUGAAUGCUAACGAUUCCAGGCUCCACCUAAGCCAGUAUCAUACCAAUCCGAGGUAUAUCUGUUUUCGCUGUAACGAAAUCUUCAUCGACAGUCCAAGUCUUGAGCAGCACCAAAGACAGGAAACAGCCUGCCCGCUACGGGAAAGACAGUACCGCGUUGGCAUGAGUUGGGAACAGGAAGAAAAAGUUCGCAGGCAACAAGCGAUACCCCGACAAGGCCAGACCCACGCAUGGCUCAAGAUUUACGACAUUUUAUUCCCAGGAUCGGGCUUGGCGGCAUCCAACCCUAUGGUAGACGUUGCUGUGACUGCACCGACAACAGGCGUCGAUCCAUUCUUGUGGGAGAGCGAACGCAGCGUUCCAGCCGAACUGCAAGGCACAUGA